CUUCCCCCGACAGACACAUAAAACACACUUUAACCACAACAGACACUCUGAGUUUACUCGCGAGGUGUGAUAAUUAGUUCUUCUGGAUGAGCAUGUUUUCUUCACAGAGCUUCUCUAUAAUCUAAUGAAUCUGGCAUUUACUUCACUGUAAACAGAAGAAAGUGCAAUGAUGGACCGUCUGCUGAGGAGAUGCCGAAUCAAGAGCCGUUUGCCUAGGGAAUGUCUGGCGGAAUUUUUCGGAGUCUAUGUUUUGAUACUGUUCGGGUGUGGUUCAGUGGCUCAGGUCACCACGUCUCAAAACACUAAAGGAGAAUACCUGUCAAUCAACCUGGGGUUCGCACUGGGAACCACAUUUGGGAUCUACAUUGCAAAAGGAGUGUCAGGAGCUCACCUGAAUCCAGCGGUUUCUCUCAGUUUGUGUGUUUUGGGCAGGUUUUCGUGGACUCGUCUUCCUUUCUACGUGUGUUCGCAGCUCUUCGGUGCAUUUCUGGCUGCAGCAACGGUUGCCCUUCAGUAUUAUGACGCCAUAAUGGAUUUCACUGGAGGGCAUCUGACAGUCAGUGGUGCCACGGCUACAGCGGGCAUCUUUUCAACUUAUCCUGCAGAUUAUCUGAGUCUGUGGGGAGGAGUAGUAGACCAGAUCAUUGGCACGGCUGCUCUGCUGGUGUGUGUUCUUGCAUUGGGAGAUGCACAUAACACACCAGCACCUGCAGGUCUGGAGCCUGUGCUUGUUGGAGCUGCUGUGCUGGUGAUCGGGAUCUCCAUGGGAUCUAACAGCGGAUAUGCCAUCAAUCCAGCCAGAGACUUCGGGCCAAGACUCUUUUCCUACAUUGCAGGCUGGGGAGACGAGGUGUUCAGGGCUGGACAUGGAUGGUGGUGGGUGCCUAUAAUCAUAACGUGUGUCGGGGCUCUUCUGGGAUCUUUACUGUAUGAGCUGCUGAUUGGAGUUCAUCAUCCUGACUCAGAGGCAGUGGAUCAUGAAGACCCAACAAUGGAGAUGGAGGGCGCGCAGAGUUUUGACACCAUUAAAGAAAAGGAAAAGAACGUGAUCUUUUCUAUAACCUCAACAGAUGUAGGGUAAAGUGAAAAGAGAAUGUUAAACGUGGUUUGCACCUUAAGUGUUACUGUUUACAUUAAGUGUAUUUACAGAUUAUUGUGAUAAUAAUGAUGCUUCAGAAAUAAUCUAUUAUAUUAA